AUGCCUGGAGUUCCACGGUGCCUGUGCGGCGAAGCACUACCAGCUUUCCUCGAGGAGCUCACUAGCCUACGAGUAAGAUGGCCCGACAAGAGCAUUCUCGCAGCCAAGGCUGAUGUCACCUCUGCGUUCAGAAAUGUGAGGAUGUCACCAGAUCAUGCACACAACUUUUGCUACGUGAUAGGAGACGUGCUAGUAGCGGAUCUACGGCUGACCUUUGGCUGGGCAGCGUCACCAUGAUUGUGGGGUGUGUUAGCCUCCGCUGCAGAGCACUCGCACCGCAACACGUCCCUCGCGAACGCUCGACUACUACCAGAAGGAAUCGCAAUGAUGUCUCACGUGAAAAUAAAACCUCCUUGGGAAAAAGGCACCCCAUCCUCAAUACCCUCGUAGGCAGACNUCAUAGACACGCAUGAUGGCAGAAUUGCAACUACACCGGAACGGGUAAGUAAGCGUGAUUCGGAACGUACUAGAGGCGGAUUGGCCCCACGAUAGGAAGAAGGCCAGUGUUCAAGAAGUCCUCAGCAUUGCAGGAAAACUGUGGAACCUCACUUAUGUUAUCAGGGCCGGUAGGUACUUCGUGUGGCAACUGCUCCGCCUAUCGGGUCUGCAUACGCAAGCCAGUCGACACACACGGUCACGACGACUAGUGGACUUGGGUAGAGAGUUCCACGGCGAUAUCGCCUUCUGGAAGUGGGCCCUCAAUCAGCCACUGGCACUUCGAGGGGAGUCCCUCAGCGCAUCGUUCUUACUCCACGUAAAACGAGCACCCUCACGCCUUUACCUCUCAGACGCUAGCUUCACAGCGAUUGGCGGCUACUGUCCCGAACUAAAGACUUUCUGGAGAUACACGAUCGAAUCAUCGUUGUCUGCGGAGCUCAAGCGCAAGGCGCAAGAGAAGGAGACGUCAGACAUUACGAUCAAUCUGUUAGAACUCGCGGGCAUGUUCAUGACGGCGUGGGUAGUCCAAAUGAUCUUGAAAGACAGACCUGUAGAAGAAGGGCAGUCGGUGUUGAUGCGUGGAGACAACGUGUCGGCCGUCAGUUGGACUAACAGGUGUGGGGGAUCGCGUGACAGGCGCGCUAGCCUCAUAAUGAGACUCAUGGGUAGGAUGGAAAUUUCUUGCGGCUGGUGCCACGUGGCUAAGCACAUCCCUGGUCGAAUGAACACACUUGCGGACGGGAUCUCACGUUGGGAAGAAAAUGAGAUCGCCGCCAACGUGAAAAUGCUCACAAAAGACUCAGGGUGGACACAGCAGGAUAUUGGAGUAGGGGGACGAGCGUUGCUCAACAUUAUCCUACAAAAGAAAUUGCCGAAAGAAAGUCUGGACGACUCGGUAUGGGACAUUAUGGUCGAAGGAACAGAAAAUAUCUGACACGGCAGAGGGGGCGGUCGGACACCGCUCUGUGUUCCGGACGAUCAACGAAUUAUCAUACGAAAUGAGAUAGCGAGAAGCUGGAGCGGUGGACACGCCUCACAUUCACUGUUUCAUGACGCCUUGAUGAAAUGGAUAGCCGGGGGAGGCAGAGUUGGUUUGGACGACCAAGUUUUCCUGUUCUCCCUCCAAGCCAAGUCGGGGCUAUCCACGGGUUCGGCAUGAACUUGUCGUACCUUGGGAAGGAACCUCGAAAUGUGCGCAUUCCUCACGCUGUGUAUACCCGAUGAUUGGAUAUCAGGAACUCAGGGAAAGGAUGGCCGGGGAGGCACGAGCGCCGAGGGGGAGCGGUUGGUCAACGCACUCACCUUCGGGUCUUUGGGAAGUGGUACCAACAAGGUGUAUCAAAGGAUGUGGAACACGUGGAAGGAGGCUCGAGCAGGGGCGGGUUCGGGCCCGUGGCUCCGCGAGAGCGAUGGGGUGGAAAGUGCGCUUCAGAAAUCUGGGCGGACGACUCGGGGCUCGUGCACUCGGAUUUUUGUCUGACAAGAGGAGACCUGGGUUUCUUUUGCGGUCCGGUAAGGGUUGCAUGGGCAGACCGGAGGCAGGCUAGCCAAGUGGAAGUCACGUUCAGAGCGUCAAAAGAAGAUCAAAAACGUUUGGGAGCAACCGUCACAAGAUCGGGAGUAGCGUUGAAGGUGUUACUCGAUCUGUUAGAUCUGCACCCCGAGCUUGGGAGUCAUGCGCCGUUGAUGCAAUCGUGGGCACAAGACAAGUGGAAGGUUAUUUCGAGGGCAGAGGCAUCGAGACACCUCAGGUUACUCGUGAGUGCGGCGGGUAGAGACCCACAGAAGUAUGCGUUGCAUUCAGGAAGGAUCGGGGGGGCCACGCACCUAGCAAGUAUGGGGGCGUCGGUAAUUCAGAUCCAGAGAGCCGGAAGGUGGAAAUCAUCGGCUUUCAUGGUGUACGUUAGGGCGGGGGGUGAAGGAGCAAAGUUUGUGUCUCAGGCCCUUACGGAACCCGAGGAGUGACCAGGGAGCGGUUCGGAGGAGUAGGUCAUCGGACAUGCCUAAUGGAGUAAGAUAUGUUGAGGCCAGAGGCCGAAACAAUAGUAAUGAUAGUAGGGCAAUCUUGGGAAGUUUGCAACGGGUUAGUCCGAUAAGUAAACGUUGUGAGCAAGACGGCAUUUUACCUGCGCUCCCAAUUUGUUUCAUGUGUCUUGGUUUUUCUUUGGUUGCCUGCAGAAAAAAUAAUCCAGAAUUCUUGAGCAAACAUAAACGGGAAGAUUCAGUACGUAUUUGAAUCUGUGGUUUGUGGAGGCGUGUUGGAAUUCGGAAAAGCGGGGAUCGAAGAAAAGUAGAGACAGCCCUGGUGGCAGAAAGUUUUUGUGCUCUCGCUGGGCGAGAGACAAGCAGCAAGUGCAUUUGAGAGAAGGAGAGGAGUAGCAGAGAUAGCAGCUUUGAGGAGCAGCAAAUACAGAGUGCCGCCUAGGAUUUGAUCGAUUUUCCCGCCCACCCACACCUAUCGCUCAAGAGAGGGGGGAGCAUGGGGGGGUCUAGUCGGUCGACGACUAGGAGGUACCGUGUAGGUAGUUUAUUAUGAGUAAGAUAUGUUGAGGCCAGAGGCCGACACAAUAGUAAUGAUAGUAGGGCAAUCUUGGGAAAUUUGCAACGGGUUAGUCCGAUAAGUAAACGUUGUGAGCAAGACGGCAUUUUACCUGCGCUCCCAAUUUGUUUCAUGUGUCUUGGUUUUUCUUUGGUUGCCUGCAGAAAAAAAAAUCCAGAAUUCUUGAGCAAACAAUAAAAUACACUGACAAAGUGUUGGACUCUACAUAGUCUACAUGCGCUGAAAAAAAGUGUAGUACACGUCUCACCACGAAAAAUGGGGGGACUGUCGCCAUAAUAAAUAGGACGAAAACACACAUCAGGGUGUCGCUUUCGUCUGGAAUACAUGUAUAGACACAUCAAGACCGGAGAUGUAUGGCACGUUGUUGUGUACGCAGAGACUCGUUCGUACACAACAAUGCAGCAGCAGCAAGCAGUGGAUGGAUGCCGUGGUUAUGUCUCGAUCAAGAAGACCGGAGAUAAAUAGUCUAUGACACAUUGUUGUGUAGGAAGAGGAUCGUACAGUAAUGCAGCAGCAGCAAGCAGCGGAUGCCGUGGGACCUCAGAUUAAACAACGACAAUACUUCCUUGACCUCGACCUCUCGUGAGUACGUGGGAGAGACGAGGAACUGNGUCUAUGACACAUUGUUGUGUAGGAAGAGGAUCGUACAGUAAUGCAGCAGCAGCAAGCAGCGGAUGCCGUGGGACCUCAGAUUAAACAACGACAAUACUUCCUUGACCUCGACCUCUCGUGAGUACGUGGGAGAGACGAGGAACUGCGGACUUGCCACAGGAGAUGGGGAAAGAUAAAGAGAGUGGUGGUACACGCAGCAUGAUGAACGCUGUCCUAAGAUGGCUGGUGGUGAAGUAGCACGCGCCUUGCGCGAGGACCGCGGGGUGUUUCUACUUCAUCGCUCAUAUUCUGCCGAUGCCAGUCGAUCGUUCAGGUACGAGUGCCGAGAUUACCCAUGAGAGACUUGGUGGGUUGAGGAGCGAGAUCUACUCGCAGGAGCGAGAUCUACUUCAAACAAGAGUUCC